AUGCUCCUCUGGCAUUCAGCGCUGAUAUCAAUCUCAGCAACAUUAAUAAUACAGUGCAACCGAAUUAAUUCUGGCUUCUCUGAUUUUACAGAGCGGACAAAUUCAAAUGAGCACUUCAGUGAGCGUGCCUGCGGUACCCACUGUGUGCUGGCCUUUCCCCAAGAAAAGGGGAAGCCGGAGCUCCCCAUGCUCAAGGAGUGUGGAAUCUUGGUAGGGCAAUAUGGGAGAGCCAGGAUACAGUUUUACUACCCAUAG